GUGAUUUCUAUUCCCUCAUUUCCAGGCUGCUAGGAGAAAGGGAAGACGUGGUUCACCUGCACAAGUAUAAUCCUGCAGAAAAUGCUGAAUCAGAUUUUGUAGCCGAGAUUGCUAAUGUAGUCCAGAAGAAGGAUCUUGGCUGGCCUGAUGCCAGAGCAUUUUCCAAAAAUGACAAAAGAGCUAAUGCCAUUCUUGUCAGAGACAGAAUCCACAAGUUUCACAGAUUAGAAUCAACUCUGAGGCCACCGGAAAACAGGCAUGUUGCUUUGCAGCAAAAUAAACCCAGUGUAGGGAACUGGGAAAAAGAACAGACAGGAGGUUUAAAGAUAGAAGAAGUAGCUGACUGGCCAGGCAUAACCCUCAAACUAGGCCAGGUUUCUGGGCUGGCCCUGGAUCCUAAUAACAAUUUAGUCAUCUUUCAUAGAGGUGACCAUGUAUGGGAUGCAAAGUUUUAUUUACCUCAUGGCUUGAGUAUAGAUAAUAAUGGUAACUACUGGGUGACAGAUGUAGCUCUUCACCAGGUGUUCAAACUGGCAUCAGAUGGUGUGGAAUCUCCUUUUGAAGACGGUUGGGUGACUACACCGUCACCUAGGUCGUUGACCCUUAUAAAUACACAGACUGCCGAUGACAUUAUCAGCAUAACAAAAACUUCUGUAGGUCAUGCUAAACCGGGUCAGUUCAGCAUCCCUCACAGUUUAACUCUUGCAUCUGACUUCGAUCAGCUAUGUGUAGCAGACAGAGAGAAUGGUCGGAUUCAAUGUUUUAAGCCAGAAACAGGCAAAUUUGUGAGAGAGAUCAGACAUCCAUCAUUUGGAAGAGAGGUUUUUGCAGUUGCUUACACUCCAGGUGGCCUCUUGUAUGCAGUUAAUGGGAAGCCUUACCCUGGAGACCGGGAGCCAGUGCAAGCAUUUGUGAUGAACUUUUCAACUGGAGAAAUUGUUGAUACUUUCAUUCCACUUAGAAAGAAUUUUGAGAUGCCACAUGACAUUGUUGCUUCAGAAGACAGAACAGUAUAUGUUGGUGAUGCUCAUGCCAACACGGUGUGGAAAUUUACAUCCACAGAAAAAAUGGAGCAUCGGUCUGUUAAAAAGGCUGGGAUUGAAAUACAGGAAAUAAACGCAGAGGCAAUUAUAGAAGGCACGCUGACAAAGAAACCCACAUCAAAAGAAUUUUUAAGGAAAGAAGAAAGACAUCAAGUUGUCCAGCAGGCUAGCAGUUCUGUUUCUUUUGUUCUUAUUACAACACUUCUAAUUAUUCCAGUAGCUGUCCUCUUGGCAAUUGCCAUGUUUAUUUGGUGGAGAAAGACAAGAAUCUAUGGAGCUGAUGUUGAUCAUAAACAUGAUUCAAGCUCAGGUAGAAUUUUGGGCAGAUUUAGAGGAAAAGGCAGUGGAGGCCUCAAUCUUGGGAAUUUCUUUGCAAGCCGUGCAGGUUAUAGUCGAAAAGGGUUUGACAGACUUAGUACCGAAGGGAGUGAUCAGGAAAAGGAAGAGGAUGCCACGGAUUCAGAAGAGGAAGAACCCGUCUCUCAGCCUCCAGCGAUACCCUCAUCUUCUUCUUGAAACUGGCCUUUAAUUGUUACAUGGUCCGCGUCUACAAAGAUUGCCAGAUUUAGCACGUUUUAAGAUUUUACGUAUUUAAUUGUAAACUGUACUAGUCCUUUGUGAGGCUGUACACAGAUUAAUUUUGUUUUUGUUUUUCCCUCCCCUCCCCUUUUGCUUCAGUUCAGUUUUGGAGUGUGAACAUUUCCUAUCAGUGCCAUUGUUUUAUGUGAACCUUUUAAUAAAGCAGAGCAAUCCCACUUUAUUGCAGUAAUGCUUUAAAAUGCUUUAAAAUAGUAAUAUUUACUCAUUUCAAUUAGGGACCAUCUCUAUAUUUGUAAAUAAGUCCCAGCCUCAGCUUUAAGAAUACUUUUGGUUUUCAGUUUUUCUUUGGUGCCUUUUCACUUUCGAUGCCCUUAAUCUAUCACAGAACAGUGCCACAAUGAAACAGAGCCACUAAAUCCCCUAUUUUUUUAAAAAAAUAUCACAAGUAUUCUAUUACUUUAAGGGAAAGAUUUUAAAAAGUCUCUAUUUAUAAUUGGAUUUUUUUCCCCCUUCUCUUCCUUCUUGCUCAGACUUUGUGUGUUUCCAGGAUGUCUUAUUUUUAGAUGGCUAUACUGUUAGAACACUAUUUUCAGAAGCUGAAUGUAACUUGUGUAAUAAAGUGUUCGCAGAGCAUCAACUGUCAAAGUGGAAUUUUUGCAUUUGGGGUGAAGGGGAAAUGACUUUGGAAACCGCCCAGUUAAAAAAAUCACCAAUCCCCCAAAAAACUACAAAAUAUUUUUUUUAAAAAAACACAGUAACUGAAAAGAUGACUCAAAUGGUAUUUUAUAUGAAAGAAGAUAUUUUGUUAAGGAGUGCUUUUUAUAAGAGAAAAAAGCAAAUCAAAAAGUUAAAAUUCCAUUAUCUGUAUGAUUCCUGUUGUUGGGAGGUUUUUUUAUUAUUAUUAUUAAAUCUGGCCUGUAUAUCCAUCCUCCGGGGCAGAUACCAAAAUAAAACAUUGCUGGAACAGGAAA